UUGUUGUCGUCGGGUGGUCGUGCGAACCGAGACGCAUUUACUUACUGAGGCUGAUAUUUGGCCUUUAGAUUAUUUGUUUUAGUCGGGAAUAAGGUUUUGUAUUAUACUAGAUUAAUUAGGUGGUAUUUACGAUACCAAGUUAAGGAAAAAAACGAAGCAGCACGAGUAUUUUUAACUACGCGACCUGCCGUAGAUUGUCUGCCAUGAUUGUUAUCGUUACUAUAUCCUCCUGUCAUGUUGGAGCAAACAUUUAGCUAGCUAGCUGGCUACUGCUACUAUGUUCCUGAGCUCAGUGCUCACAAAUUACAUUUGGAAGCAGGGUUCCCUUUAUACAGACCUAUUUGGUAUUUGAGUAUAGUGUAAUACGCCGUGUAUGAUAGGCCCCGCCCACCCGCAGAGGUAAACAAAGUGCAAUUGAGCCGCACACACUAGCCACCAUCACCCUACCCCUGUCGUCGCUAGGAAAUAGAAGUAAGUAUCAUUUCGCAAUGAACUGUCGCUCGGAAGUUCUUGAGGUAACAGUGGAGGCGAGGCAGGUGGAAGAAGCUAUGCUGGCUCUGCUGCACACCAUUUUACUGCACCGCAGCACCGGGAAAUUCCACUACAAAAAGGAGGGCACCUACUCCAUCGGUACAGUUGGCACAUUAGACAUCGAUUGCGACUUCAUCGAUUUCACCUUCGUCAGGGUGUCCUCAGAGGAGCUGGACAGGGUGAUAAGGAAAGCUGUGUCUGAAUUCAAGGAUGCUUUGAGCAACUCUGGCAGCGAUGGCAUGGGGCAAAUUUCUCUGGAGUUCUACCAGAAGAAGAAGUCUCGCUGGCCUUUUUCUGACGAGUGUAUUCCCUGGGAGGUGUGGAGCAUCAAGGUCAACGUCGUCAACCUUGCCAAUGAGCAGGAGAGACAGAUCUGCAGGGAGAAAGUGGGUGAGAAGCUUGGUGAGAAGGUGAUCAACGUCGUUGAAGUCAUAAAUCGCCACGAAUACUUGCCAAAGAUGCCCACCCAGUCUGAAGUGGACAAUGUUUUCGACACCAGCCUCAAAGAUGUCCAGCCAUACCUUUACAAAAUCACAUACCAGAUCACUGACUCAUUAGGCACCUCUGUAAGCACCACUAUGAGAAGGCUGAUUAAAGACACCCUGGCCCUGUGAACAAAUUCCAACAUAGAGAGAAAAAAAUAUAUGGAUGAGUUUAUCCAUACCUGACAUCUAUUUUUAUGCUCAAAAUAUGGUUUGUCAGCUCUACUCCUGCUACAAUGAGGCAGUGUCAGUGUAAUCCCUUUUCUGAUGUCUCUGUCAUGGUUCCGAUAUUGCUUGUACCUCAAGAUUCUUGAUUAUGUAAUGUCUAUUUCAAAUAUACUUUGUUUUUGCAAACUUUCACCAUCUAGAAAUGCAAAUUCAACACAAUAGCGACACUAUAAAACGGUUAAAAUUUUAAAAAAAAGUCUUAUUGUGGAUAAUGUCAAAUCUGUAAAUUUUUGUACAAUAAACGUUCAUUGUAACUGAUGGUAA